CGCCAAGGUUCGAUCACCGUUGCUUUCCCACGCUGUUGCUGUGUUCCACCCAUCAUGUUUGGGAUUCCCAAGUAUUUUGGCUGGAGAGGCCGAGCCCUCAACCUGGCUAUCAGUUCCCUGGGUAGUCUUGAUUUCCUUCUUUUCGGAUACGAUCAGGGUAUCACCGGAGGUCUCCUCGACCUGCCGUCUUUCAUCAAGUAUUUCCCCAGCAUCGAUGACAAGGAUCCCGCUGUUCAAGACUUUCCCGCCCUGAAAUCGCAGCGCGCGACAAAUCAAGGCAUUGCGGUAGCGUCGUACAACUUGGGAUGUUUCCUCGGAUCGAUCAUCACUAUCUUCGUCGGCAACCCGCUAGGCCGUCGCAAGACGAUCUUCAUCGGGUGUGUCACCAUGGCCACCGGGGCUAUCCUGCAGUGUACCGCAUUUGAUCUACCGCAUUUCGUUGUCGGCCGAAUCGUUACUGGUAUCGGGAACGGCAUGAACACAAGUACGGUUCCAACAUGGCAAUCCGAAUCGUCCAAGGCCCACGAUCGCGGCAAGAUGGUCAUGAUUGAGGGUAUGCUGAUUACAGCCGGCAUUACUCUCAGUUACUGGAUCAAUUUUGCUUUUGCGCAUAUCGGCGACCUGGAGGUUGCAUGGCGGUUUCCGCUGGCUUUCCAGAUUAUCUUCGCCGUCGUCAUCUUCUGCUCCAUUCUCAACCUGCCCGAGUCGCCGCGUUGGCUUGUCAUGCAAGGCCGCAAUGAAGAGGCGAUGGAAAUCCUUGCUGCUUUAUCCGAGUCGUCGGUCGAUGAUCCGCUGAUUCUGACCGAGUUAAACGCUAUUCGGGAGACGGUGGUGGAAAUGAACAAAGGCUCCUAUCGCAGUCUGUUCGAUAUGAGCGAGUAUCGUGAAUUCCAUCGCGUCGCGCUCGCCUAUAUCAACCAGAUGUUCCAGCAGAUUUCCGGCAUCAAUCUGAUCACUUACUAUGCUCCGAAGCUGUACGCCGAUAUUGGUCUCGGCAAGGGUAACCAGCCCAAGUUGCUGGCUGCGUGCAACGGCACAGAGUACCUCAUGGCGGCAUUCAUUCCCAUCUUCAUCAUUGAGAAAGUCGGACGUCGUCCGCUGAUGCUUUUCGGGGCUGCUGGCAUGUCCUUGUCGAUGGCUGUCCUCGCCGGUACCAACUAUCGACUGACCCACCUCGGCGACACACAGGCCGGUAUUGGCCAGGCUGUGUUCCUGUUCGUCUUCAAUACUUUCUUCGCUAUCGGCUGGUUGGGAAUGACAUGGCUGUAUCCUGCUGAGAUUGUGCCACUGCGAAUCCGUGCUCCGACCAACGCCCUCUCCACGAGUGCCAACUGGAUCUUCAACUUCAUGGUCGUCAUGAUCACCCCCGUCGCAUUCGCGAACAUCGGAUACAAGACCUACGUGAUCUUCGCUGUCAUCAACGCCUUCAUCUUCCCCGUCGUGUACUUCUUCUUUCCCGAAACCCGCUAUCGCUCCCUCGAGGAAAUGGACAACAUCUUCAAGAAGAGCUCAAGCAUCUUCGACGCUGCGAAGAUCUCCAUCAAGGAGCCCUACCGCUACGACAAGCACGGCAACCUCAAGCCCGAGUACCUCGAGGAGGCCCUCCGGCGCACGAGCGUCACCGUCCACGUCGACCAUACCAAGCUGGAGAGCGACGAGAGUGCGACUGAGGUUAAGGCUUGAGAUGUACUAGUUAGGACCGGAUCAGCAUCUCGUGUGUGUUUUGAGUCGACUGUAUAACUUUUUUGCAUCUACCCUAUACCCUGCGCGGAGGUGUAAUCUGUCACGGACUGUUGACUUGCUGAAUAUUUACCUAUUCUUUUCUUUCAUUCGUGUCUAUCCCUUCUGUUAUUAAUUGGGUUUUUUCCCUUCGUCUGUAUCUAGAUGCAGUGAUAGUUUGAUACCAUGUUUUUGUGUUGAUGUUGAG